AUGCGGCGCAUGCCAGUCCUCGCAUCCGGGCGGACGCUGCAUCUCUCGAACGGGCUCGUGCGGAGGGAGACGGAGGACCCCCUCUUCCCUUACAAGUUCACCUUGACCUUGGAGAUCCAGGAGGUGAAAGUGGAGGAUUUUGGCGUCUACGAGUGCCAUUCCAGAAACAGCCUUGGGAAUGCCUCCGCGACGGUCAACCUCUACGAGAUCCAGGUUCCCGGACAGAGGGAGAUGGACGACUGGAGAGUGGAGGAGGAACGUGAGAAAGAAGAAGUGAAAGUGACCGUAGUGAAAGUGAAUGUGAGCGGAGGAGUUGGACCUUUGACCAGCAGAGAUUCCAUCAAUCAAAAAUCCUACAUCCUCUUGCUGAUGCCACUCCUUGUCCUCUGUCAAUGAAGUCUCAUCCGUGGUUCACGUUGAGUCAAAUUUAUUCCUAACAGAACAAAAAUGCGCAAAAAUGAAGAACCAUCAGAGUUUGAGAGCAGCACCCUUCGGAAGGCUCACGGCAAGGGCCUUCUUCUUCGCCGCGCCCUUGUGACCGAGGACGUGGGACGUCACCUCUUCCUGAAGGCGCGAGAAGAAGUGCGAAGACGACGUCAGCUUUGUAUUUUUCACCCUC